CCUCGCAUGGCCGCAGUGUUGCUCGUUUCUCAGUCUGAUUAGUCUUUACCUCUAUAUUAAUAUCUAAAUAGGACAGAAGUUCAACAAAUUUCGACCAAAAUGAGCGCUCUUGAGGUUUUUGACAGUUUCGAAAAUGUGGCGAAAGCGGCUGAAAAAGAAGAAAACAGCGGGUGCAGUUUGGUGAAAACGCGAAGACACAUCGCACUUUCACCGAAGUACAUCGGGCGGUUACGGACGGGGGUACACGAGAUUUUGGACGCUGAACUUGGCCGUUUUGAAAAGAGGUGGAAUGGUGUUCUGCUGGCUUACGGCAACUUGAAGCUACUUCAAUCUUCUGGAGCUAUCGUCGAUGACAGCCCAUUUAUUUAUUUUGAUGUGGAACUAGAAGCGGUGAUAUUCAAACCAUCAAUCGGUAGUAUUUUAAAGUGCGUUGUGAAUGAGUUGGCGACGGACCACAUUGGUUGCCUGGUCCACGACUGGUUCAACGUGUCUCUACUACCAGACAAGAAGCAGAUCAACGGAGAGUGGCAACCACAGCUCGAGCCAGGCAAUGUGGUCUUGGUACAGGUUGAACAACUGCGGGUGAUGAAUGGAAUGUUGGCUAUAGAAGCCAAGGAACCAUACAAUGGGUUUGGCUUGAGUCAAGAUAGUAAGCUUGUUGUGGACAUCCCUGAUGGCUUGUUACCGCCGACAGCGGCUGGAAUGGAGUCUAGUGAGAAAAGAAAGAAAAAGAAGAAAAAGGAAAAAUCUGGCAGUGAUGUAGCCUCUGUACAAGGCUCAUCUAACCAUGAUAAGCCAAACGCUGUAUUGGCAUUGCAGGCUGGAGAGAAGACUAUUCCCAAGAAGAAAUCAAAGAAACGCAAGUUGUUGGAAACAUCAAUGGAGUCAAGCGAGGGACUGGCUUUGAAUGAUGUAACAACUGGAAAGGAGACUAGCCAAAAGAAAAAGAAGAAGAAGUAUAGUGAUGAAACUAUAGAGAGCAGUGUUGCAGCAGUAGCUGAAGACAGCGCACAUAAAGUGCCAGAAAAGACUGGUGGAGAGACUAGUCCAAAAAAGAAAAAGAAGAAGAAGAGUGACAAAGAUAAAACUAGACAAAAGCUGAUGCCAACUCCUAAUAGUUCAAAUCUAAAUGUUGAAGUCAAAACGGUGGAUUUGAAAACUCCAACGAAGAACAGAAAGAGGCAUUCUUCUUCUCUUUACAGUUGUCAAGUUGCAGGACCUCAGACUGAAGCUUUUACAAAGCUGAAGAAAAAGGGUAAACUGAACGACUCCAGUGCAAAGUCUGCUCGGGGUUUAUUACCGACGGACUCUCAGUGUGAGCUGCCUGUCUUGGCAGACGAAGCAGGCCCCAAGGGAGAGGCAAAGAAAAAGAAGAAGAAAUCCAAACAUGACCGGAACGAUAACGAGUUAAAGAACAAUUUAGACCAUGAGGCCUCAGUAAAAGAGGAACACGCUAGUCUGAAAUCGUUGACCUCGGGGUCAAAGGUGAAGAAUCACAAAAAGCAAAAAAGCAAAGAUGGCCUUGAAAUCGCGGGUAAUGGACAUGAUGGAGUGAGCAAAAAGAAAAAGAAAAUAAAAAAGAAAGAUGCAAACUAGGCCCCCCAAAGAAAACUCGUUUAGCGUCCUCCCGUUUGAAAAAAGGGAAUGGGUUUUUUUUUUAAUGGCCAGCCAAAUUAGUUUUUAAGACACAUUUGUUUUGUACACCGG